GUUAAUAAAAGGAAGGUAAAAAACAGGAAAUCAACUAACCUAUUAAGAGCAGUUUGCAACAUGCCUGGCUAACAUUAACUCACAUUUACAUUUAUAUUUAGUAUAUACAAAAGUUCUAGAAUUUAUAAAAUACAUUUAAAAAAAAAAUGUUUUCAAACCCAUUUUUUGUUAAGUCAUCAAUCAUAUGUUAGUAUAUGCAAAAGUUCUAGAAUUAAAUAGUACGCAGUCAAUAGUCCUAACUUUAAGCAGAAAGGAGAAUUCUCUUUAGUAAUUGUUAUACAAAUAGUGUGGAUAGCGUAGCCGGCGUUGGUCGGACCAGGGCAGUUUUUUUUUAAAUACUUUGUAAAGUGAGGACUAUUGACAGCAUACUGAAGUAUAUCAAAUGAAGGCUUGAUAAAUUUUCUAUUUAAUUCUAGAACUUUUGCAUAUUACUAAUAAGCAAUACAACCACACUAACUUUCAAGUGAACUACACUGGCGGUAAAGUGUGACGAAGCAGUGACAAAUUUGAAAAUAUGCGAUUCAAUAAGUCUGGUUUAACUGCAUUAGCCUCAAAUCCAGCAACGAAAUUUGAGAGGGAAGGACUAUUAAUUGUCACCGAACGUCAAGAGGGCUUCUUUCGUCGUGCCGAUGUGAACUAUCCGCGUUGGUGUAAACUACGUGGCAAUUUGCUGUUCUAUUUAAAAGAUCACGAUCCACAAUCACCACCUUCUGGGCUGCUGGUGCUUGAAAAUUGUCGACCAUUGAUACGCAACGAAGAGCGGGAAUUUGAUGGUUUUUCUUUCAUUCUAGAAUUCGAAGGUAGCAGUUCACAGCGCAUUUCCACACGUACCGCCAAAGAGCGCUUGGAGUGGGUAAAGUGCAUUCAAUUGGCCUCGUAUGCAUAUCUAGAUCGUCAAAUUAAAUAUCUCCAAGACCAAAUUGCCAUUAAAAUGGGCAAUCACAUCGAGCGUGGUGUACCACCUACGGUUGCAGCUAGUGAUGCAUUGCUAUUUAAUGCUGGCCGCGCUGUUGGUGGUGUAGCUGCAACAAUACAUAACACAGCAACGGUCAAAGUGGACGAAGACCUCGCCGAGAUACCAAUCUGUGAGUCUGCCUUAUCCUGUGAUAGCUUGCCGUGUGGCGAUCACGGACGUCUACCAAAUACACGCGUUGUGUGCUCUUCGCUCUUAACCGGUGAUACGUUGCUAUGGCGAGAUUUUGCAUGCACCGAAAUCGUCGAGCGCUCUGCGAAUCCACAAUUCUUGUGCACCAUCCGAUUUAGGCGUAGCGAUGGUUUUACAGCAGACACAUUAUUACGUUUUACAGUUUAUGAUGUACGCGAACGAUUGUCACACACUGCGGUGCCACUCGCCUAUGCCGAAGUAGCUGUGGGUGUUAUACAAGAUGCUACACGGUUUCGCAUUCCCCUGCGGGCGCUAGAUGGCGAAGGUGGUUUUAUUACUAUUGCCUCAUGGGCACCAGAAACGGAUCGACAAUCGCCACCACGUUCCACUACGCAGGUUUUUGAAGAGCAGACAAAAGGCCAUCGGCGUUCGCAAUCUUUACCACCCAAGUUAGGCGUAAAGUUAUUUGUACCUUUUCAAGGUCUUCUGCAAGUUGUCUUCGCAAAUCCUUUGAUUCACACAUAUCGUUUACACUCGAGUAUGGGUGGCGACAUUAGUGUACAUGAGACGCUGCUUGAGAGUAAAUAUAGUUUUACAAUACCACAGCAAUUGCUCUCUGUAUGGAUUCUGCGAGAAAAGGAGCUCCUACAAGAAAUCUCAGGGAUGGGCGAAUUAGGUGGCGAAUGGCGACGUCGUCAAAUGGAUUUGCUAGAUAAACAUCUUAAAUUGCUUAAAGACUAUUCGCAAGCGAAACAAAACCUUCAGCAAAUUACAAAGGAUGAAGGUCCUUACUUCAAACGUUCUUCUGCAAAAACUGAGGAAUCACUGGAAUUUGUGCCAGUCAAUUUGCAUUUGCAACGAAUGUGGGCACAAAACGACACGCUGAAUCGUUCGGGUGUGUUGGAUAUUAUAACGGUUGGCGCAUUUACACGCCAUGCAAGCAAAGGACGCACUGGGGGGCUUAUAAAACUUCUGCAGGAAACCAAAGAUUCACCAACAAAAUUCGAACAGGGCAAUGCAUGCAAAGUGCAGGCCGCCAACGACGCUGUACAGGCUAUCAAGCAGCUGCGCAAAGAGAUUGUUGAAAUAAUGUCACAGCUACUUUCCCUUGCGAAAAGUAAAAACCCGAAAGGCAUGAUGCCUUUAUGUAAUGAAAUGAUUACAAAAACCAAAACGCUGUUAAAUAUUUGGGAGCCAAAUCUGGUGGAAGAAGCGUUCGCAUUUGUGGAACAACAUCGCAUUAUUGAGGAGCCAGAUAAUGUGUUAAUGCCAAUGUCACCAUUUCGUAAAAUCACACAACAACUUUGCGCUUUGGAUUUAAAAUCACCAGAACUGGAAGAUUUUGCCACACCCAUUGUUGCACCACCUGAUCUCUGGCCUCGCACAAAGACGCCUACGGGUGUUGGCCGCCCACUGGUGCGUUCAAAUAGCCUCUGUCUGCGUCCCUCACCCUCGACAAUGGAUAUAAAUGCCCUACACGCUCUACAUCGCACUGUAAAAACAUACAACGAACAACUGCGCAAUCGUACGGUGGUUAUAAAUACUGGAACUACAGCAGACAAUGAUUCGGAAGCUGAAGCUACAUUCCAAUCCCUGCCCGUGCAUCUGCAUGACACUGCAACUGACAUCGCGUUUAACGAAGGAAAUUAUUGUGGUGCGGAUGACUUGAAAGCCAACAAUCGAAGGGCCAGUUCAACACUUCAGUUAAUUGAUCUAGAUGAUUUUGAUGUUGAACAGUCAACUAACAUCAAUAAUACGGCCAUGACACAAACAUUCACUCCAAAUGAUAAUAACUCUCAUUACUAUACGUACAUUGAUCCUGAAUUGGAUGUCGACUACAAUGCGACCACACUGAACCAUGGAAGUUUUCUGGACACAAAAAUUAUGAGCUCUUCUCCUUCGGCUAAUUACUAUCGGCCCACUGAGGAGCCAGAACCGCUCGAUUUGACACAAUUAAACAUCGAAGCGAGCGUAAUGUGCCUGGUUAGUAAAAUCAAAUUUCUCUGUGGUCGUUGUGGUAGCCCAGCAAUACGUCUGAGGCAACCAAAAACUAAUAUGAAACGCGCUGGCUUCACGCACUCGCCUGCCCCGCCAGAUCUAGUUGUUAAUCAAAUUAAAGUUGCUGACAUCGAAGAAACUGAUCGGGCCGCAGAAGGUGAACAGACAAAUGCAAAUGGCAAUGGAUUGAUUUUGGACUUAACGCAGGAUGUUGAAGCACAAACACAACAAUCGACGACGGAUAAGGAAACCAUCGUGGCUCAGAAAAAAGGAAACAAAUUCACGGACGGCCUCGACUUAUCGCUUACCACUGAUUGGGCUUCCGAGUUGCGGCCUUCAAUGCGCAAACUACGUCACGCUAUGGAUGGCCUGUUGAAGACGGCGCGUCUAAUGCAUUCUGUGCAGCGUCUGCAGCAAGAUAUGAAACGCAACAGCAUAAAUUUGGAAAUUAUGUAUCGCAGAGAUGUGUGCUUUUCACAAGCGUUGACUGCCCUCAUCAGUGCACUGAUGGCCAAAUUAUGGAGCACUGAAAUAACGGAAAACUUCAUAAAGAUACUCAGGGAUUUAGGACCACUGGCGUACUUUGAAGGUCUGCUAUCACUAUAUGGCAAUGAGACGGAUAUGUGGGGUGAUAUGUGUGUCGCCAUCGAGGAUCUUUCUGCAGUGAAUUUCACGCUUAUACGUAGUAGCGCACAAAACAGCGAUGCUCACACGCUGGCCCCCCUGCCACGGGUUACAGGUUCGCGACAGGCAUUGAAUGUGCUGCUGCCAGUGCCGGAACAUGUGUAUGUUAUCGUGCCAACUCAAGAGACGUUUACAUUCAAACUAACACCGGUGUUCUUCAAUAUCGGAAUUAACGAAAAGGCUACGCUGGCUGAGACUCUAGGUCAAACACGCGAACAACAUCGUUCCAAUUGGGAUAACUUUGUUCGUCUGAAACAGUAUUAUAGUCGAUAUCGUAAGUUGCAGCUGGUUAAGCCAGAGACGCCCAGCAAGCAUGAACCUCAUCCGCCAGCACCACAAGCGCUUGCCAACAUACUGGGUUUUAUGGAGGAGCAGCUGCGUUCGAAUGUAUCGAAAAAUGUGAAAAUUUUACACUUGGCUGAAGAUGCUUGCCGUCUGAUGUCAGGCUUGCGUUUUACCUCAUGCAAAAGUGCCAAAGACCGUACGGGUAUGUCGGUGACAUUGGAACAGUGUCGAGUAUUGGUUCAAGAAUUCCAUUUACCUGCCAAAAGUGUGCCAUACGUACUGAGCACGAUGAGAAGCGAGGGCACACGCAUGGACAAUGUCUUCAAGAAUAUCGGUAAGCGAAAGUACGCAUUUAAUCUGCCACAGGUGCUCUCAUUGCCGGCUAUGUACCGGCCAGCAGCAGGUUCCUACGGCAAGGCGGAGACUUAAAAUCGACUAAAAUUUGAAAUAAAGCAAAAAGGAAAGCGGCAAGACUUAAGCCAUUGAAAAGGCAGUAUAAAGUAUAGGUAAUCCGGAUUCGAAUUUAGUUUUUAAGAACGAACCUACAUUAACCUCAUAAACUAGGUGAAAUUAGUAGAGUUGAGUAAAAAUACAUAAACAGGCAGGUUAU